CGCGUCAUCGGAACGGACCGGGGGCUCGCGCAGAGCGCAGAGUAUCGCAUCGAUCGCCUGGCGUCACAAGUACGUCACAUGACGGUGUUUUGAAAAGGCGUUGGAAAAUACUAGACCAACAACGAUCAAUUUAGCACGUAAAUGAGCAAUAAGUAGAGGAGUGAGUUUUUUCCGGGAGGCUGCAAAUAACGAAGUGUUUCAGGCACUUCCCAAUUCAUCAAUAGGCAGGAAAGGAACGCGUAGGAGAAAGGAAGCGUACUCCGAAAACAGUGUGUCCACGCAAGCGGACCCAGAACGGCGCGGCGUCUUUCUCUACACAACCCAAAGGCACCCUACUCGUGCUCUCCUCGUUUGAGUGCGACGAGCAAGUGUACGCAAUGGCCAGCAGCUUGGCGCUGCUGACGCUGUCGGGCCGGCCGCAGGUCGCCGUGCAGGUGCUGUGCGGCGGCACGGCCUGCCGCACGGAGACGUUCCUGGACGCAGACAAGCCCGUGGUGCGCUUCGUGGCCCCCGGGCCCGGGCCCCUCGUCGUCCGGCUCCACAACGGUGGCGUGGAGAACGGCGUGGUGCUGACGCUCCAGCGCGCCCAGGUGUGCCCGGCGCGCCCCGACGACAUGCCCCAACCAUCUGUGGUCGCGAGCGACAUCCUCCUCACCCACGGGACAAGGCAAGUCCGCGGACGAGGGGAGGACAUGUCCUGUCUGUGA